CAAUGAUCAAGUCAGUUAUAAUUGUGGCCAACUUUUGGCUAUUCGUAGCCUUGCAAUCGAUUGAUAAUCGGCAGACUAACAACUGCUCUGAGAUUGGUGUUGAUGGUUUUUUUUGUCUCAACUGCAGCGUCACAGCUUUUUGUGGUAGAGGACCUACGGGUGAAUUCAACACCGUGUCUACAAGUCCAUGUAGUUCUGGUGAAGUUUGCAGUACCUGGGCGGGUAGAUGUUCUGCAGAUCCAAGCCCAUGUUUCUCGGAAGGUUCUAUAACUUGCACCGGUCCAGGAGUUUUUCCUGAUCCGUAUGAUUGUCAGCGUUAUCAUGAAUGUAAAACUGCAAAUGAAUCAUCUAAGCCUGUCGAGUGUGGGGGUUACAAGGCUUAUAAUGUUAUAGAAAAUAAUUGUAGCCUGAACAUGAAUCAUCAAUCGUGUAAACGCUUACAAUUUCAUUGUGAUACUAUAGGAGAUGAAAAUGCUUGGCCGAGCAAUAGAAAUAUAUAUUAUAGGUGCACCGAAAAAACCUUGUGGUUCAAUAGCAACAAAAUAUUAUAUCCUUUAUUAUAUCGGUGUGAUGAGAAUGAGAUAUAUGAUGCAGUGCAGAGAGUUUGCGUAAGAGAUGAAACCACCACGACGCCUGCCACAACGCCAACCGAAUCUUCCACGUCUAGUGAAACAACCACGACGUCUGCCACAACAUCAACCGAAUCUUCCACGUCUAGUGAAACAACCACGACGUCUGCCACAACACCAACCGAAUCUUCCACGUCUAGUGAAACAACCACGACGUCUGCCACAACACCAACCGAAUCUUCCACGUCUAGUGAAACAACCACGACGUCUGCCACAACACCAACCGAAUCUUCCACGUCUAGUGAAACAACCACGACGUCUGCCACAACACCAACCGAAUCUUCCACGUCUGGUGAAACAACCACGACGUCUGCCACAACACCAACCGAACCUUCCACAAAGCCUACUUCUACGGAAACUCCCGCAACAAAACCACCGCAAGAAAUACCAUGCAAACAACAAGGUCCGCUGAUGCAAGAUCCACACGAUUGUCACGCAUAUUACACAUGUCUAGAAAUUGGAUCAUUACCGAAACAUUUUAAUUGUAAUAAAGGUGCUUAUUUCAAUACAGUCAAAUUAAAAUGCGUGAAAGGAAAUUGCGAAAAUAGCACAGAAAUUCCUCUUCCUGAGCUUCCAGACAUUUGCGAUGAAGUAGGACCUUUGGUGCAAGAUCCAAACGAUUGCCGCAAGUAUUAUUCAUGCGUCACGAUUGGAAAAGAACCUGAACAUUUUACGUGCAAUAAAGGGGCGUAUUUUGAUCGAGAAAGAUUACGGUGUGUCAGAGGAUCUUGUUAACAAAUAUUGUUAUAUAACAAAGUUCAAUCUUUAAUUAUUAUUUAGAAGAAUUUGAAAAUGUAUAUUUAAUGUUUUUUAAUAAAAUAGUUUAUUGGCAAUUU